UUGGAUGGCCAGCAAACACAAGAGCGACAACAAGGAAGCAAGCAAAGCAAGAACCAAGAAGCGAGCUGAACCGCACAUGCACAGCAGUCGUCUGCUGGUUGUGUUGUUGUUGCCGUUGUUGCUGGUGACGGUUGUUGCAGGAGGGCAGGGGAGUGUCCACGAAAGUGACUGCGGUGAUAACAGUGUUGCUGCCACUGACACCAUGAGCAGCGAAAAGGCUGCCGACGCCCGCAGAGCAGAGGUUGGGGCAGAGGCGGAGGCGGAGGCGGAGGCGGAGCCGCGGCUUGCCCUGCCUUCUGCCAUGGCCAACCCAGACAAGGAGAGCACGCUGUCGUCGCUUACCGUGGACGGCGACGCGGUGGCCCUGGACGAGCUUGGCCCCAUGGUGGUGAAUAAGGACGGCACGCUUUCGCGCAUCACAAACUGGCGGUCCAUGUCGGAGCAGGAGCAAGCAACAACGCUCCGCGUCCUGAAGAAGCGCAACGCACAGCGCAUCAAGGCCCUCGGUGGUCAGCUCCCAGGAAACGUCAAGGUCCAGCAAGACAAGUCACAACAGCACCAGCAGCACCAGCAGCAGAAAGCUGACUUGUGACUGUCGCGCGAAACAGUUGCUGGCUGCGUUCACCCCGCUUCCGUUUCGCGCGCCCUACUAAUGAUCAUGUAACUGAACCCUUAUCUCGUCUGCCUGCGUCUGCCUGCGUGAUGAUGCUGUCGUUUACAAGUCGUUGGGGCUUGUUUCUCUGCGUAUCUCCAUCCAGUCCAACGCCUUGUUCGUUUCUUGCUGAGGCACAAGUUUCAGGCGUGACACUUGCUUCUUUGGGAUGUGCCAUGCUGUAAUGCAACAAUACACCCAUAACCAUAACCA